AUGGCUACCUUGAAAUUUCCAUUCAUAUUUUCCAUAUUUCUCUUAUUUUUUGACUCAACAAAAAGCAAACAUCAAAGUUGUGUAAAGAGAUAUUGUGGAAACCCUAACUUAGGUCUUCUUUUGGAGUUCCCUUUCAUAUUAAGAGAACAAUAUCAUAAUAUCAAUAAUCAAACUGCUCGAUGUGGAUACCCAGGGUUUGAAGUUUCUUGCGACCGUUAUAAGCAAGCUGUGCUUAAACUCUCAAACGAUAGAGAAUUUGUAAUCAAAUCUUUUUCCCUUGAGAGACAAAGAAUGUGGAUUAGUGGUCCCAAUAAUUGUCCACCACUUAGGUUUCUCCAAAACAUAGACUUCAAAGAUGAUUCACCUUUCCAAUGGGACAACUCUUUUCUUAGUCUUUUUGAGAAUGUAACAUUUCUCAACUGCAGUACCAAUUAUGCAAAGGAACCAAAUCCAAUGGUUGAUUAUCUUCCAAUCAUACCAUGUUUGAGCAAUGAAAAUUAUUCGAUUAUGUAUACGUUACACUCGCCUCUUAAAUCGUGGAAUAAUUCAUGUCAUGAGAUUGGUUUUGCUAGGGUUCCAGUGAGAGAUAAUUCACAUCAACCAUUGGUAAUCAUGGAUGGACUUUACUCUGAUGUGUUGCUGCGAUGGAACACUCCUUCUUGUGGUUGUGAACCUGAUCAGUUUUGUGGCUUUCAAACGGAUACCGGUCUUGAUGUUACUUGUUUCAAUUACAACUACAUGACUAAUCACCCAGGUGAAAAUCCUUCAACUCAAAAGUAUAAAAAAUUCCACUUUUUUCCAGUAGUAUGUGGAAUAUCAGGAAUUUUAUUCUUCUUGUGGAUAUCUUUAUCCAUAUGUAAGGAUAGACAACAAAAUCAAAUCCAACAAAGACAAACAAUUACAAACAUAGAACCAAAUAAUCCAGAACCUCCUUGGUUUGUGUUUGGGCUUGAUAGAUCAAGAAUAGAACAAUAUCCAAAGAUUCAGCUAGCAGAAAAUGGACAAUUACCUAAGUCUAUUGACAAUGUUUGUUCCAUAUGUCUUUGUGAAUAUAAACCUAUGGAUACAUUAAGGAGUAUACCCCAAUGUAAUCAUCAUUUUCAUGCUGAUUGUAUAGAUGUUUGGCUCAAGAUGAAUGCUACUUGUCCUUUAUGUCGAAACCUGCCAGGGUUAUGA